AUGCCACCAAAAGCCACCAUCACCAUCACGCCCACAGAAACACUCACCACAAUCCUCGCCCUCCUCGCCCUCCUCUUCAUCGGCGUCCCGCUCUUCAUCCUCCCCGUGACACUCCUCCUCCUGCUGCUCCUCGUCCAGCCGCUGCUCGUGUACUUCCUCAUCGACAAGCUCAAGGACCUGGUGUGCCCGCCAAGAGUCAUACUACCAAUUGAUAAUACCAUGCCGCCAACUAAUUACCUCGCUGCCGCCGCCGCCCAGGGGAGGGCCAAGACGAGCAACGAAACGACAAAGCUCCUAAACGCAACCAGAAUCCAGAAAAAGUGGAAGGGCAAGGCCCGUGCAAGAGAUCUGGAGGCCCAGACGCCAAUUGAGCAGCUUGACGGGCCGCCGAACAGCCGUCAGAAAGCCGCCGCUGCAGAGAAAAAAGAUGUAGCAGAUCAGUUGUCUAGAAAGGUGCUACCAGCGAGCUCAGAGUCUGGGCCAUCAGAAGUAUUGCCGAGGGAGAGCCCCAUUAGGUAUUACCAGAACUCGAUCGUGGACGACUGGCCGACCAGCUGCACGAUGGUGACAGCGGUUCUGACGGUUGGUGCGAUGACGCUGCUGCUCAUUGUCUUCUUUGGAAAUCUCGAAAUAAGGCGUCCAAACAACUAG